GAGAGACGGAGAGAAGGAGAGACGGAGAGAAGGAGCGGUGAAGGAGUGGAUCUGCUCCCGGGGGCCGAGCGUUGAUCCAGAGAAACCGCUGCGGACAGGAAACUGCUGACGGAGCCGAAGGCCGACGCCGGGGCGGAUUUGUGGAGGAGUAAACGGAGACGAGGCUGAGCAGACGAGAACCGGACCGAUCGUCGCCAUGGCGACCAAUAACACCGCCAGCAUCGCUCAAGCCAGGAAGCUGGUGGAACAGCUGAAGAUGGAGGCCAACAUCGACAGGAUAAAGGUGUCCAAAGCGGCGGCGGACCUGAUGUCGUACUGCGAAGCUCACGCCAAAGAGGACCCGCUGCUGUCGCCGGUGCCGGCGUCGGAGAACCCGUUCAGGGAGAAGAAAUUCUUCUGCGCCAUCCUGUGAACCCGGCGUUGGCCCUUCAGCCGUCCGCUCGGCGCGGGACUCUGAACGUUCAAAAACUCGUAGACAUCUUCUAGCUGGGAGGGCGCGGCUUUCAUUGCCCCGCCCCCCAAUUUCUCGAUCGGCACCUUAAGAGUGCAACAAUUUAAAAAAAACAGAGAAUUAACAUGUAAAAUUAAAGGGGUUGGUUUCUGACGGGGGGGCGUGGCUUGUUGGUGAGGAGGCGGAGCCAGAAGUUUGAUGGACAACCAGUCAACCAAUCAAAUCUUCAGGUUGUGAUGUGUGCAAACGUUAAAAAAAAAAGAGAUAAAAUGAAAAUAAAAAUAUUUUGUGCUUCUUUUGGGACCUGAAGGUGUGUGUUAGAUGGUUUGUGGGUGGGCGGAGCUUCACACCUGCGCUACCGCUAGGCAACACCUGAGUAUUGGAAUGUUGUUUUUUUUUUUAAGUUUAUUUUUGUUUAUUCUGACUUUACCGCAAUAUCUUUCUAUAACUGUAUGUAAGUGAUCACUGAAGUCUCUUCGCUCUCUUUCUUUCUUUUUUUAAUUUUUACACCAACGAGUUAGCGGAAGCUUUUUUAAUGGGACGUCUGAAACAUUCAACUCUGUGAUUCUGUUUACUGGAAGUCGUCUCCGUGUGUGUCGACAUCUGUCUGGCAAAUGUGAUGCGGUUCGUCUCCUUCAGACACAAAACCCUCUUUCUACUCUUUGUACAAAACGACUAGCGAGUAAACUGUGCUGUGCUGUGACUUCUGAA